CUAAUUUGUAACAGAGGUUUAUACAAACAGUUGAGUUAACAACGUGUUUGAGACAACAAGUGUUCGGUUAAUAUAUUUUUUCAGUGUAAACAGUUUUUUUUAUAAAACAAAAAACAUGGACAUUGCAUUAAAUGAUGUCGAAGCAGUAUGUAUUGCAUAUUUACUAAAUAAAAGACAUAAAAAACAAAAUAAAACUAAAAGGCAAUAUUGGGUGCAUCCAUUAAAUGUAAAAAGGCCCCAGGAAGGCCAAUUCAAUAUUACUUUUAUGACCUUGCGAGCGCACCCAGACAAAUUUUUCGACUACUACAGAAUGAGCAUUCAAUCUUUCGAUGAACUGGUUUUACUCGCCGGACAGCACAUCCAAAAACAAUAUACAAAUAUGCGUAUCCCAAUUUCACCAGAGGAAAGGUUGACUGUCACAAUAAGGUAUUUGGCAACUGGAACGCAUUUCUCAGCAUUACAUUAUGAGUUUCUAAUGGGUGUGUCGACCAUAACAAAAAUAGUGCGGGAAACUUGCGAGGUAUUAUGGACAAUUUUGCAGCCAAUUGAGAUGUCAGAGCCCACAACUCAUGAUUGGCUAGAUAUAGCUGAAGGCUAUUUUGAAAAAACCCAGUUUCCAAAUACAGUCGGGGCGGUUGAUGGAAAACACAUAAGAAUAGAAUGUCCCAGGAAUAGUGGAUCGCUGUACUACAACUACAAGAACUUUUUCUCACUGAUACUUAUGGCUAUUUGCGACUCAAAUUAUUGCUUUCGUAUCAUUAAUGUGGGAUCGUACGGUAAAGAGAGUGAUUGUAAUGUUUUUAAAAUGUCAGCGUUCGGUAAAAAGUUGUAUGCAGACAAGGUAAAUUUUCCUCCAGAACAAUGUCUGCCUGGGGAUAAUCAAGGCGUACCACAACCGUUUGUACUCGUGGCUGAUGAGGCUUUUGCUCUUAAUAAAAAUUUAUUGCGACCGUUUCCCGGCAGAACAUUAAAUGACGAACGACGCAUUUUUAAUUAUCGAUUGUCCAGGGCCCGUCAGUACAUAGAGUGUUCAUUUGGGAUUCUGUCUAAGAAAUGGAGAGUUUUUCAAACUAGCAUGUUAGUGGAGCCAAAUUUUGCGGUUAUUAUUACCAAAGCCUGCUGUGUUUUACACAAUUUUGUGAGACGCCGUGAUGGUUAUAACUUUAAAGACAGCCUGGAUUGUUCUAUGGAUAGCAUAGCUGAAAAAAGAGGAGUUGGAAAUUCACAAACAAAUGCGAAGGACGUCAGGGAGUACUUUGUGAAAUAUGUCAACCACUCAAGUCACGCCCUUAGCUGGCAAAGUAAAAUAAUUGGCAAAUAAAUUAUUGGGACUGUUAAAAAUUCUAUAAAUACUUGGUUCUGUUGAACUUGUUCAAGACCUCUUAUCUGUGGAGCCAAUGACAUCAAAAAUGAGCUGACGGG